AAAUCCACAGGAGAAUCAAAAACGAUCCUGCUAUACCGAGUACAUCUCUCGACUCAAAUAAUUUAACAGACAUGGCUUCAUGGUUGUAUCAACGGUUGUAACUUGUGGAAAUGGUUGGCUAAAGGCUGCUUGGACAUCAAUGAUGACAGUAGUGYCACUAGGGAUUUUUAGUUUGCAGUCUUGUCAAAUGCUCUAUGGUAGACGGUAAACAACACUGGACAAGGCUUCCAUGCUUUUGCGUCUUUGUGGCUAUUUUCUCCCAUGGGUUGGUAUAUAGUGAAAACUGUGGUGGUCAUCGACUUGGAAGUAAUGGCUUCCAUUUCUAUAAAUUCGAAAAUGCUACAAGUUUAGAAGACUGUGUCAACUCGUGCUGCAACGAAACUACGUGUGAACUUGCUUUUUUGCUGGAUUUGAGGUGCUUUGGUCUAUCUUGUCAACGAAAACCAGAAAUAUGUCGUAAAAUUGCAGAUCAACUUAUCAGUCAUGAUAAAAAUAAACGAAGCAAACCAGGGAUUAUUGAACAGAAAGUCGCUGCCAGUAGCCCCAAAUGUCCUUURCCAUUCGCUCGAAGCUUCACUUUCCUAGUCUCAGACGUUAAUCACAAUAAAAAGUUUACAGUUCUAAACGAUGGAACAGUUACUGAGAGCCAAUGCAAAGGUCUCUGCUGCCAAUCACGUGACUGCGACUUCGCUUUUGUCGAGGAAGGGACGUGCUUUGGAGUUAGUUUUCUUAAGAACUUUGUUACCAAGGGAGGCACCUUGGCAACCAGGAAGUUUUUACAAAUGGCGGUCAUCGACCGUAAGCGAGACGUUCUACGAAGUGUAGAAGAAAGUAAUGACGAUGACACGGACAUAAACCUUGAUGAUGAGGUGGGCUCGGAAGASCAAGAUGAAGCUUCCCAAGAAAAGCAGACUCAUAAAUCUCAGGACAAAAUUGUUGAAUAUGCUACGCACAACACCACAACGCUACACAAGGAUCUUUUGGUUGAUUCUCCCAAACCGAAGAGCAAUUAUUCAACGAAAUCUACUAAAAAUACUGUCGAAAAGACAAGCGUUGAGACUUCUUCACAAAAAAGCCAAACACAAUCUGUAAAUGUCCUGACACACGAGGACAAGAAAAUACAGAAUGACAUUGGUACUACCAGUACACUUAAAGAGAACUUAAAUCAUGUCAAUAUAACAUUAAUGGAUAGUCAUUCUCAUAAUGGAACAAAACUGAACCUAUUAGGGACCAGUACUACUUCACCAUUAAAAGGUGUUGAGAUAACAACUUCGAUUGUCCCUACACGUCAGACUACUCGACGAAAACAAGCAUUUCAACGUUUAUUUCGCAGUUCAACCGUAAGUCCUUUAAAAUCUUUUAAAAGCUACGCAAAGGAUUCUGGGACAUAUAGAUCUGGUAAAGAUAACAUAAAGAAAGUCAUUAUACAUCUUAAUCCAGACAACACAACACAUGAUCACCUGCAACUGAAGCAGCCUCAUGUUGAUCGUCAGUUACAACAGCUACAUUUUGAUACAACACAUAAGAACUUUAGUAAACACACGCAGUCUACAGACCAGAAUGCUGAAGGUCAUGCGCAGUCAACAUACCAGAUUCUUGAAGGUCAUGCGCAGUCAACACACCAGAAUGCUGAAGGUCAUGCGCAGUCAACACACCAGAUUAUUGAAGGUCAUGCGCAGUCAACACACCAGAAUGAUCAUGCGCAGUCAACACACCAGAAUGUUGAAAGUCAUGCGCAGUCAACACACCAGAAUGUUGAANGUCAUGCGCAGUCAACACACCAGAAUGUUGAAGGUCAUGCGCAGUCAACACACCAGAAUGUUGAAGGUCAUGCGCAUUUAACACACCUCAACGUCGACAGUCAUGUGCAGUUAGUACAGAAUGAUUUGAUUGUUAAUUCGAAUAUUACAGGGCAUCAAGCUGAUGGUCAUGCGUUAUUGAAAAAGAGUCACGAUGAACAGUUCAAACAUUCAGCCAUACAUGUCGAUGCUCAAAGGACACAAUCUCAUCUUAAUGGGAAUGCACAGCUAUCUCAAAAACAUGCUAAUGACAAUACACCAAAGAAAAACAGUGGCAAUGAUGGUAUUGCACGGUUGGCGUAUCAAAACGUCUCUGAACAUGCGCAAAUGACACAAGCGUAUUCUGAAGAUCAUGCGCAGUUGACGGAACAUCAACCCAAUGGUCAUGCGCAAUCAGCACAGCAUCAUGGCCAUGACAAUGUGAAGAUAAAAAAGGGUGAUGUACAGUCGGCACAACCUCUCAACGACGGUCAUGCUGAAAUAGGGCAAUCAAAUGUUAAUGAUCAUGUGCGGCAGAUACAAUAUCAUCGCGAUGGUCAUGCACAAAUAACACAAUUACAUCCUGAUGAUCAUGCGCAGUUAACACAGCAUCAUCUUGAUGGUCAUGCGCAAAUAACACAAUUACAUCCUGAUGNUCAUGCGCAGUUAAUAGAUCAUCAUCAGAAUCACAACGACGGUCGGUCACUUUCGAGACAAGAAGAAAAGCCAAGACAAAAAUCAAAUCCAAACCUUUUGCACCAUGUAGAAAGCUUAAACAGAACGACGCAAAACUCGACAUCGAGCCAACKACUAUCUUCUGAACAGGCUUCAGUUGCUGGAACCGCCUCUGCCAAUAUUUCAAUURAUUUUGGUAUAAACACGAAGCGCGCACAAAAUUACACCUUACUUGAUAAUAGUAAGAAAGAAGACACAAAAAAGUCAACAAGUAACUUAAAUAAUGUAAGUCAAAAGACACACAUCUCUCAAAUGAAAGUUUUGAAUGAAGGUGAACAUGAACUAAAAACUGGAAUACAGAAUGAAAAGGUAAAUACUUCUAAGGCAGAAGCAAGAAAUAUAACUACACUUGGGUCAAAAAUUCCUAUCAAUCAUAAAAGCAGCAAGGGUUUCGUUGUCGACCGUAAUAACUUGACUGCAAAUUCGACAAUGGAAGAGAAGAGAAUAAUUGACAUGGGUGAGGAACACAAAGRAUUACAACAAGACAGCGUUGCUCACCAUCAUCUCAACAAGUCUCAGCAUAUCAAAGAUGAUAUACAAGAAGGAUCCAAUAAGUAUAACGUAACGUCGCAAACAACUGUCAAUAUGACGCAAAAUAUACGUCCAACGAUUAAAAGGGAAACCAAAGAAACCUUGCCAACCUCGCGUUGGAUAGCGGCAGUACACUCGACAUUGACGAAACAUGGUUCUUCUUCACCCGAGUCAGUGACAAAGUCGCAAAAGUCUUUGAAUUUGACUAUUAACAUAAACAUAACAAAUGGAGCGAAAUUGAAGUACAAUCUAACACAGCUGGACAAGGUGACUUCCAAGGAAAAAAAURAAGUUAAGCCUAAGCCUAAGAUGGAAGAAAAACGUAAAGUAAUAAAUCCCACAGUUUCAGGUAAACCUCCUGGGUUAUCAUCAAACAUAAACACGCAGGCAUUGCAACAAAGUUCUCACCUAUCAAAAACAAGCAAAACAGUUCCCGAAGAACAUAAGACGUGGAAAGAUGUUCCAAGAAAAACAUUAAAAGUAGAAAGCAAAAAACAUACAACUCCAGGGAAUGUGAACACUACGGAGAUCGACAAUUCCAAACAACAUCAAACAAGCAUCCGAGAAAGUCAUUUCAUGAGUGAAAGUAAUGAUGAUCCUGAUGAAUUUGGUGAUGACGAUGAUGAUCACCAUGGUGAUAACAUCCAAGGUCAUGCCCUGGACGUGACUCCUGUUAUACAUCCAGGCAAUCAAAGCUUUCUUCUUAACGACAAAGGCAGACAAGAACAUGAUUAUCCUCGGAAAUCCAAUCAAAGCGUUGUUAAUGUCGUAAACCAUGGUGAUACAAUACAAGGUCAUGCCCAGGACGAGAGUCCUGCUAUAGGAAAAACCAUACGUCGAGGAAAAGAAAGCUCUAUUCUCAACGACAAAGGCAGGCAAGAACAUGAUUAUCCUCGGAAAUCUAAUCAAAGCGUUGUUAAUGUUGUAAGCCAUGGUGAUAACAUCGCAUAUCAUAGCCAGGACGCCACUCCUGCAGAAAAAGCAAUACGAACAGGCAAYCAAAGCCGUGAURAUUCUCUGAUAUYGAAUUCAAUCAAUGUAACCGCAAAUCCCAAGAAAGKAAAUGAUGAUCCUGAUGAUUUUGGAGCUGAURAUGACGAUGUUGRUGAAUUUGAUAGCAUACAAGCGCAUGCGCAGGACAAAGGAGUGGAGGAAACCACURAAGAAACACGGYCUCAAGUCCAUCAAGGAAAACAGACARUAUCUCUUUUGAAUCAACGRAAAGAGCAACRURUAUCAARAACUGAUUUGGUCGAUACAAUUGAGUCAGGCAAGUCAACGGUCAACAAAACAAUUGAGUCGAAAAACAGUGCCCCAAGCAAACAUAUUUCUAAAAUUGAUGUGACUACAAAAUAUCAAGUUUUCACUGAGACAGUUUUACCAGAGUCUAAACCACAAAACACCACAAGGACAACAGGAAAAGGGAACACUUUUUCACAUCUUAAAGGAGAAGAAAAAUUACUGAAAARAGGAGAAGUUGUUUCUGGAAAUGUAAAGAUCUCUCCGAGCAAAAAAAGUUCAACAUUUCAUGUUGUUAAUGGAUUUAACAGGAUCAAAAUAAAGGAUAGCCAGUCAAAUGGGAAUUCUAGAAGCAAUUCCACAGCAACCGGAAAGAAUCUGGUCAUAAAGCACAGCGGCUACACUUUGAAGGGAAAUUUUUCCAAACACCAAACAAAUGGCUUCAAAUCCAAAGAAUUGAAUUCUCAACAGACUGCUCWAAAGCUACAAAACAGUCAACGAUCAUCUUCUAGUCCUGAAUCUAAAAAGUCAUUUGUUAAGAGCAAAAAUAUUGCUUUGAAAAAGAAUGUUGGAACUAACCAGCAUGUGAAGAGGCUAGGCAGUGGUCAGGACAACCACCCYACUAGGAAACGUCCAGUAAAGCACGCCUURAAGAAAUUAGCUUUGCAUCCUAUUAAACUGGCCAGCAARGGUAAACAAACAAMGAUAMCRAAAUCAMGUCAACRAAGGGGAGCGGAAUUUGGCGCCCAGUUACUCUAA